GCUGUGCGCACCUCCCAGAAGAUGCUGGCCGAGGAGUGACUGAUGAGAAGCAGCGCGGUGUGGACCCUGAACUCCCCCCUCUCCCCCUUGUGUCCGUCACCGGGGAGAAUUGGACGCCUGCCGUUUCCACGACAACUAUAAUGGGCUGCAAUCUGUGUACAUUACAGAAGCGCGAGGAACACUACAAGCUGCUGUAUGAGAUUGCACAGGUCAAUGGCAAAGAGCUGUCCAAGUCCAGUCAUGAGGAGACGCUGGAGAGCUUUCUCCCCGCCAAGGACCCCGUCGUGGUUCAGGUCAUCCGACGGACCCCCAGUGGCCGACCCCACGGCCCUCCUCAGGAAAUCCAUGUGGUAGAUGUGUGCACACAGACUGACAUCACCUUCGAACACAUCAUGGCGCUGGCAAAGCUGCGGCCUUCGACGCCUCCUGUGCCUGACGUCUGUCCCUUCUUGCUCAGCGACAGCUGUCACUCCCUUCACAACAUGGAGCAGGAUUACUACGAAGGCACCGACUACCUCUCACCACUUCCGGCCGACGGCGAAAGGACGGAAGAGUUGGAAUAUGAGGAAGUGGAAUUGUGCCGGCUCAGCAGCCAAGAAAAGCUUGGCCUGACUCUGUGUUACAGGACGGACGAGGAAGAGGAGGUGGCUAUCUACGUCAGCGAGAUCUGUCCCAACAGCAUCGCCGCCAAAGACGGUCGCAUCCGAGAGGGGGACCGCAUAUUACAGAUUAAUGGGCAGGAUGUGCAGGACCGCGAGGAGGCCAUGGCUACGCUCUCCAACGAAGAGUGUCGCAGCAUCCUGCUGCUGGUCGCCAGGCCCGAGAUGCAGCUGGAGGAGGCCUGGCUGGAUGACGAGCACAGCGAGUUCCUGGAGCAGCUCAAGAUGGAACUUCUGGAGGAACAGCGGCAUGAGGAGAUGGAGUUGGCCGCCUUCCAGGAGGAGCACGAGAGCGAACAGCGGGACGACGACGACAAGCCCACUUGCUCCACACUGCCUCAACAUCAGGACAGGGGUCGGGUCCUGAAAGAGAAACUAGACAAUUCCGAGCACAACGUCCUGGCGCACAUCCAGAGGCGCCUGUCGCAGUGCCUCCGGGACAACCGGGACCCGCUCUGCCCGGAGGGCCAUGAGGACGAGGACGAGGAGGCGGCGGAGGGUGAACGCUUCCAGCAGCUCCUCGAGCUCAAGUGCCAGAUCCGGAACAGCGGAGAGUACGACCUUUUCUACAGCCGCCGCAGCACCAUCGAAUGUAGCGUCGGCGAACCGGGCAGCGUCCAGCACGAGCUGCGCAUGCUCAACGAGGAGCUGCGCAGCAUCGAACUGGAGUGUCAGAACAUCAUGCAGGCGCACAAUCUUCGCAACGGCCAGCGGUCGGCGAGUCCCCAUCGAGGGGAGCCCAGCAAAGGGAAGGUGGCGGACAUCAACGAGAGGCUGGAGAAGUCGGACAAGGAAAGCUCCAGCGCCUACAACACGGCCGAGAGUUCCCGGAGUACCCCUCUGGCUAUGGAUCGCUCCCCGGAACACUCCCUCCAGAGGAUGGUGAGCCUCACCAACCAGAGGAACCUCCGCAGCAGCCUCGCCGCCGGACCCUCGCUCAGUCCCAGCCCCGUCCCGGGUUGCCGGGCCCCGCUCCUUGGCAAGAGCAGCAGCCCAGACCACAGCAAUCCCUCCGAGUCGGAGCAGAUGCUUCAACCCGAGGAGGACCGACGCCGAGCCAAAUCCAAGCCUCGGGUGUCGCAGAUCCCUUACUUCUCUCCGUCACACAGUUCCCAGCAUCGGCAGGCCAACAUCCCGGCACACGCCCGCCACUACCAGAGCUACAUGCAGCUGGUCCAGCAGCGCUCGGCCGUAGAGUACGCCCAGAGCCAGCUCAGUCUGCUCAGCGUGUGCAACAAGGAGCCCCAGGCACCGCCUCUCCUUCUGGACGAGCCCAAGAUGGAGUGGAAGGUGAAGAUCCGCGGCGACGGCACGCGCUACGUCACCAAGCGGCCGGUGCGUGACAAGAUCCUGCGGGAGCGAGCGCUGAAGAUCAAGGAGGAGCGCAGUGGCGGCAUGACCACGGACGACGACGCCAUGAGCGAGAUGAAGAUGGGUCGCUACUGGAGUAAGGAGGAGAGGAAGCAGCACCUGGUGCGCGCCAAGGAGCAGAAGAAGCGGCGCGAGUUCAUGCAGCGUAGCCGCCUGGAGAGCCUGAAAGAGAACCCGCAGAGCAGCGGCGAGGCGAGCCGCAAGGAGGUCAGCAUCAUCGAGCUUAGCCACAAGAAGAUGAUGAAGAAGCGCAACAAGAAAAUCCUGGACAACUGGAUGACCAUCCAGGAGUUGAUGACACACGGGACCAAAGCUCCGGAGGGGGCGCAGGUACACAACGCCUUCCUGUCAGUCACUACUGUGUAAAACAAACAGGUACUUUCUACCCGUGGUGGUAUUAAUCUAAUUGCCUCGUUCAAUGUGGCGUUUUUAUGAGGACAAUAGGAGUAUUUUUCACACUUUGUACACCCAAAUAGCAUUUUGUAAAGAGUUUAUCUGUGGCGGUAUGGCAUUCCCUUUGACAUUUUUCUACACAUUGAUGACAUUGUCACCUAUUUUCACAUUUUCUGCAAAACUAUACAACUCAAACGUGUUUGUUUGGUUUCUGUGUCAUGUUUCAAUGCAAAACCCAGCGGGUCUCAUUGCCUUUUUGUCAAAUAUGUUCCCUCAACACCCAAGUCUCUACACCAGGGGUCACCAACCUGAGAGAAACUGACAGCUACUUCUUGGGUACUGAUUCAUGCGAAGGGCUACCAUUUUAAUACACACUUCUGAAAGGAGACAUUUGCUCAAAUUGCCUUUAUUUAUGUUAUGUCGAAUAAUGAUUAGGGCUGUCACUGUUGAAUCUUUUUAGAAUUGAUUAUCCUAUAGAUAAUUCGAGGAAUCGCCACUCUCAUUUAUGACAACUGGACUUCUAUCCUUAAACUGCAUAUGUUGUACUGAGUGUAUGGUGUAAACUGUACAGAAUUUGAGGCAACAAAAAUAGCCUUUGCUAAAUGGUUAGCAUUCAAGGUUAGCAUUAGCGCACUAGCAAUUACCAUUUUAGGUUACAAAAAACAAGAAAAACACUACCAUUCAGCUCAUUCAUACAUCAUGUUGUAUGUAUAAUUACACAUUUAAUAGUGUCUUAAAAAUCACAGACCUCUGUCGUUUUUGGCAAUGUUUUUCACUGGUCCAACAGUGCGUCCGUCUCCAACAAAAGUCUGUGUUUUAAACAUGGACAGUGGCCACAUGGUUCCGGGCAACGCAAAUUGGGUCCG